AUGGCACAACAGCCUCUCGUAAAUCGUGUUGGUACACUUGUCAGGCACCCUCAAUUCAUUUGGUGGUGCGGUCAUUGUGUCGUAUUUUUUUGUUCUCUUUUUCAUUUAUACUAUUGGCUCACUUUUCGCGCUGCUGAAGGAGCAAGUUAUUAUUACACAGCCUAUUUGGGUGCCAUGUUGAGUUAUGGGGUCGUUAUUUACAAAUCAUUUGGUACACCAGCACCAACCUGGGAAUACUUUCAAAAAAUUAAUAGAGAUGAAAAUGUGUUUUAUCUUGUGCUGGCAUGCGUAUGGUUUAUGAAUGCGUCAGUAUUCGUUUCUGGUUCUUCUUCUUCACAUUCAUCAUCAGCUUCGCCUUAUGAACAAUACGCAGCAAAUGUUUCGAGGUUCAUUCAAAGUUGGGUUCAUAAAAAUUACGACAAGGCAAUGAGGACUGUUAGUUUCGUCGAAGUUGUUGUUAUUACAAAUGUGCUAAUUUGGAAUGUUUUGACGUUUUUCACAUUAUUUGUGUAUUUCAUAUUUCUUCGUAUGCGAUAUCAUAUGAAUACAUAUACACAGCAAGCAUUUUCGGACGUAGCUCGAUUUUUGGACGGGUUGCUGUUACCUUCAGCAAGUAACAAUGUUCAUCCUUACGUCACAAAUUUGUAUCGACAGGCCAAAUCUGCAGUUAUUUGGGCUGGCCGGUUUCAACCACAAUCUGGCCGGUUUAAUUCACAAGGUGCAAAUCCACCAGCCGGUCGUUUCCAGCCGCAUGCUGGAAGCGCACACUGA